AGUCCAACGCGCUCAGUCCGCUGAGAUGCGCUCGCCGAGACGGUUGGGGCACGUGCCCCUGACACUGUUGCUGCUUUCGCUGCCGCUGCCGUUGCUCGCCGCGGAGAAAGACGGCCCAGAGCUGUGGGAGUCGGGCGACGUCGGCGGCGCGAUGCACGUGGACGGCGACGCGGCCUCGUUCGAGCGUGUGGAGCUGCGCUGCGGCGCGGACGCGAUGCAUGUGCGCGUGGCGACGGCGCGCGACUUCCGCGGCGUGCUGUACACGCGCGGCUCCUUCCACGAGCGCCGGCCCCCCUGUUUCCUGGACGCCGACGGCGGCACCCGCUUCUCCAUGCAGCUGCCGCUCGACGCCUGCAACGCGCUCAACGAGGGCGACGUGCGGUACCGCAACGUGGUGGUGCUGCAGCACGACGACGAGUUCGUGGCCCCCGGGGACGCCGCCUUCACGCUGGAGUGCGACUUCAGCCAGCCCCGGUCGGUAGCCGUCGCCGCAGACCUCAGCCCCGACAGCGGCAGCUCCGCAGACGGGAAACCCGUGCAAGUGAGCUCACGGAUCAGUCUGGUGGACCCAGAUCCCGCGUCUGACAGCCACAGGCAGCGCCGUGCUGAUGUUGACAGUGACUCUGAUGCUGUGUCUCUCACACCUGACGAUGUGCUGCGCCGACGCCGACGAAACACCUCCAGUAAGGAUGAGCUCUGACCCUGGACCAAAACACUCAGAUCCCUUGGGCAGACUCCAUUCCCUUUUAAUGAGGUGUGGUGGGCUUCUGACUGAAAGACAACAAUUAACUCUCGCAGGGCAUUUGGUGUGCAGCUAUCAAACACAUAAUGCAGAGAUCAACAUCAUUAAAAACAGAAUAUUUACAUACAAGCAGGCAAUUUGUAAUCAAAGAUGUUAAAUUGUUUCUACUUCCUAUAAAUCAGUAACUAAAUACACCUCAAGGACUGAGUCACAUGACUCAGUAAUGAGAGGAUUCAUUCGUUUCUUCAUAUUAGUGUUAAGGAUCAAUAGUCCUUCAUGUUUGCAUUUUCAGUCUCUGUAAAUUUCUUGCAGAAAGUCAUUUUCCUGCUUAGCCUGCAGUUUUAUUUUUGAAAUGAAGAAUUUAUUUUGUUAUGCAGAAAUUACCUAUUUUCUCCCCCCUUGGGCACUAUCAACCUACACCAGAAUAAAAACUGUUAUGCUUACAACAAAUUGUAUUCGACAUUUAAGUAUGUGGAGAAAGAGCAAUAUGUGAUAGAGUUCAUAAUAAGAGCUAUGCACAACCAUAGUAUGUGUGGGUACAAUCAUCACAGAUAAUAAGACCGUAAGUAAAAUGAAAAAAGUGCAACCAUUAAGUAGGUUUUGUCACUCUGUGAGCAUAAAUAACACAUAAAAAUAACUUAGCACAACUAUGAUGAUACACUUGUGAUACUACAUUGGUCGAAACAUAUCCUAUUUUAUUUUAACUCUGCUGAUUAGGGGUUUAUGGAGUCUCAACAUCUAAGGCCAUCUGUCUCCUGUCCAUCACAGAAUCAGUGUACCCAUCUGUCUGCAUCUAGAGUAAAUGCUGUGUGCAAGUGUCAUAAAGUUUUUGAAAUGUGAAGUGGGAUGCAGGUACCAGUCUGUAUUCACCUAGUGGGUUGUGGGAAACCACCCAGAAGCCAUAUCCAGGCUGAUUGGCACACUAGCCCUCAUCAUUAAUCUGUGAGCAGAUUCGAACCAUGGUCGUCACACUUUCCUGUGUCCUAGAAGUGGUCACUUUAACAUACUGCUAUCUAGGCUGGUUAUUUAAUUUUAAGAUGUUGAUCGUUUUAUGUGUGUCUUCACUCUAAUAUUUACACUUAUGUAUCUUAAUAUGUUUAUAUAUUCUGUUCAACGAGCAAACCCACAUUAGGGUUGUCCUUUUAACAAUGUACAUAUAGACUUCACACGUAGGACAGUUGUGCCCAUACUUAUAGUCGUGUUAAACUGCUACUAGGGGGCAGUCACCUGUUGCUUGUCUGCCAUAUUCAUUUUUUCAUCAUCUCGUCAGUAGCAAACCUAUAAGCAGAACUAUUUUGUAGCUUGGUAAUGCACAAGGGGAUGAAAUUAGCAGUUCUCAGGCACUGAAAUUUUAUUUGAAAAUAAAAUGCUACGUAUCAAAAUGAUUGCCUUUAAUAAACGUUAUUAAGGAACAA